CUCUGAAAGGUGAGGGAGAAAGCGGAUCUCUCAGGACUUCCACGUGACGUGACUACAGGGAGGAGAGGAGAAACGGUUCCCCAAGGACGAGGUGCCGGUUGUGAUACCACACACUCUCAACACAUCUAAGGUAAAGACAACAACUUGCUCCUCACCUCCUACCUCUGCAGACCCCGAAGAAACACACCAGGAUCACACAGUUUCUGGAAACUGAUUAUCCUGGAAAACCUAUCUGUUUCUAAUGUGUGUAUUUUCCUCCCUGAUCUGUUUCUUGGAUUCUUCCUUUUCCUCGUGGGGGAGAGGAACUACAUUCUUUUCAAUCUCCAGUCUCACACGAGGUUGACAUGAUGAAGGAAGCAUUAGAAAAACUUCAACUCAAUAUAGUAGAAAUGAAAGAUGAAAAUGCAACCUUAGAUGGAGGAGAUGUUUUAUUCACAGGCAGAGAAUUUUUUGUGGGCCUUUCCAAAAGAACAAAUCAACGAGGUGCUGAAAUCUUGGCUGAUACUUUUAAGGACUAUGCAGUCUCCACAGUGCCGGUGGCUGAUUCUCUGCAUUUGAAGAGCUUCUGCAGCAUGGCUGGGCCCAACCUGAUUGCAAUUGGGUCUAGUGAAUCUGCACAGAAAGCUCUCAAGAUCAUGCAACAGAUGAGUGACCACCGCUAUGACAAGCUCACUGUGCCUGAUGACAUGGCUGCAAACUGUAUAUAUCUCAACAUCCCCAGCAAAGGACAUGUCUUGCUGCACCAAACCCCAGAAGACUAUCCAGAAAGUGCAAAGGUUUAUGAGAAACUGAAAGACUAUCUGCUGAUCCCCGUAAGCAUGUCUGAACUGGAAAAGGUGGAUGGGUUGCUCACCUGCUGCUCGGUUUUUAUUAACAAGAAGGCAGACUCCUGAGCUGCAGAGUCCCUCCCUUGUAGCUGCCGAGAUGGCCCAGGCCAGGCUGAUGACUCUGUACCCACUCCCGUUGUUUUUCUUGACAAUCUACUGUGCCACUGUGCUACUAACUCUUGUUUACAAAAAUUUAAUUCUAAGUUUAAAUGCUUCUUUUUCUGCACCCUCAUCCUCUUUCCCCUCAUGGUGGUACCUAAGCUGUGGACGUGCUACAUGAAUUAAACAACCUAGAAAAUAGAACUAAUGAGUCAUUGAAACGUGAUUAAUACUAGUAUGGAAACACUCAUUUUAGUGUUGGUAUUAUCUGUGUGAAAAUCGUUUAGUUGCAGUAUAUUCUGAAGAAUGUCUUCUUUAUCAGUCAGAUAAGCUAGGUUUUUCUCCUCUGUAUCAUAAAUCAUGUUUGGUUCCUGUGAAAUUCCUAAUCCAGUGAUUCUCCCCAUUUCUCUUUUUUCUUCUGAAUUCUAAAAACUUUUUUUCCAAGUACUUUCUUUUGCCUUUCCCACUUCUAUCACAGCCACCUUGACCUUGGGUAAAACCCAAGGUCUUGCAUUCUGAACACCUUCCUGCAGGUCAGCCCUGGCUGCCUUCAGUCUCCUCUGCCUCUCGGCAGACACAUCUUCUGUCACCACUACCCCACUGUCCCCUGGCGGGCCCAACAGGCUCCUCAGCAGAGCUGUGACAAAAAUCAGAGUGGCAGUGUUAGCUGCACAGAGGCACAUCCUCACAGGAUUGGCCCAGGAAAUCCACAUUCCAGAAGUAGGGCACCACACCCAGAAGGGCAAAUUCGGCACCAGAUGGUUGCUAAGGGCUCUCAGAUCAAGAACUACAGAAACACCGCAUGGGUACAAUAUCAUAAAAAGUCUCUAAAUCACAUUCCAUGAAUUUUUACCUCAUUACUGUUCAGGUAGGACCUGAAGGAAAGAUUUUUUUUUUUCCUUCAGCUUAUUUCUGCUUCCCUCACCCUGUUUCCAUCUUCCAGUCCUUACAAUUAUCCUGGUCUCACAAAGUCAUUUAUUUCCAAAGAGACAUCUAAAAAUGAUUAUUGAUGGUCUGGUGAGUCAGAGGGAGCAGCCCCUAUGGUCAAGGAGCGCAUGCAGUAAAUGAUCGACUGGGUGCCUGGAACCAACCUCAGACAAUGGGUGAUUCAAUAUCCACGAAUACUUGCCAUGGAAUUCAAUUAAAACUUCUUCUCUAGGCUUCAGGUUGCACAGCUUUCAACAGACAUGGCCGUCUUAAAAAGAACAAUGCCACAGUGAAAGUAGAGAAAAGAAAAGAAUCAGUCUAGGGAUUCGGUACUUUCCAAGAAGUGUGACCGAUCCAGGCAUGUUAUCAAACCUCCUAGUCAUUUCCACCUUUCCUGUAUUAUCUUGUGGCUUGUUGUUUAAGAUUUAAAAUCAGGGAGACUAAGAAAUAUUUCUUGAAAUCUCACUCUGCUUACCUCUGUGUUUGUAAUCAAACCACUACUACAUUGGUGAACAAGAGAGAAUUAUCUUCACUCAUUUUACUCCCCCUCAGCAGAUGCAAGUAAGAAGCCUCUUGGAAAAUGAAGAAAUCCUUAACCACUAUCUGUCUUUUUCAUUUACUUGAUGAUUUUUUGCCAGCAAUUUGAAUAAAUACCUUCUCCUCCUUCUCUUCCUUAUUGUUUAACUUUAAAAUUCAUAUCACAUGCAAAUAUCUAGCAAUGUGCAUCCUGUGAACGAACCAUAUCUUGGUUCGUAUUAUAUUUUGAAAUAGCUCAUCAUGGUGAAUAAUGUUUUUACCGGAGAAAAUGAAUGUUAGCUACAUGCUCAAGUUAAUAAAGUUGUUCUCAGUAAUUAAGAUUGCCCUUUGGGUUAAAUCUGGCCCUACACUGGCAAAAAGCAGAAAUUCUCCCUGGGAGAGCUCACCAACUCAAAAACAACCACAAGAAAAACAAUCCAAUCAGCUGGUUUAGGCUAACUGGCAUAUAAUUUUCAGUACCAUUCCUUCUGUCAUCGCUAAAAUUAAAGGACUGUUCUGUAUUAUGUUUAGUUAAAUGCAAAUGAAUACAUUUUUCUUUUUAACAGUUUAUUCUGCCAACAGCAGUUUUAUCUUUUCCUUUUCCUUUUCUUCUUUCCCUUUCCUUCUCUUUUUCUUGAGAAAUCUUUGUGCCCCUUUUACAUCUUAUUCUGCACUGCUGUGUCACCUCCUAGGAUGGCUUCUUUUGACUCCCCUCGUAAUAUGAAGGUGUGAAAACCUAAAAUAUUUGCAGAAGAAUAGUGUUACUUGUUUGAUGUUCUCAUUGGCAUAAUGUUAUCUUUGAAAAAGAAAGAUACUCAUUUCACAGAUUCCUCUUUGUCCACUGUAACUUACAAGGAUGGAUGAACUAACAGACUCUGUUUGGAGACAUUAUAAAAACUGGAGGAAUUAUUAAGUAAAUAAAAGUUGGUUAGUAUGAUUCAAUUUAAUAAGAAGACAGUGCAGGGCAGAUAUAUUAUUUAGCAUUCUUUCUUUAUGAUGGGUUGCUCUAGAAAUCAGUGGGCAGAUCUCUCUAAUGUGUAUUGAUUGCUUUUUUAAGCUACUGUGGACAGAUACUAUGGCCAUUUCUUCAUCUUUAAGGGGGAAGUAGUCUAUAGAUGAA